AAAGCGCUCCCUAAAAAAAAAAAAAAAAAGGCGCGUCACUUCCUUGCCCAUCCCAACCAGGAGGGGGAAAAAAGAAAGAAAGAAGUGUCCGAGUAGAGUGUCGCCAAGAAAAUAGCUACAAGGGGGGGAAAAAAACAAGAAAAUAGGAUUUUAAAGCGUUCCAGAAGAAGUCGGAUUGUGAAUUGGAUUAAGGAGUAGUCUCCAUAUUUGUCUCGUCCCAAUGCCACUCCACAAGUCGGGCCGGGGUCACCGCCUGGAUCCCACCAUGAUCUCUGCCCCGCUCGGCGACUUUCGCCACACCAUGCACAUUGGCCGCGGUGGAGACGCCUUCGGAGACACCUCCUUCUUAUCCAGUCAUGGUCCUUCCAACAGAGAGUCUUUAAAGUCCAUUGCCUCCCCUGUGGAGGCCACGAUUGACUCCACAGAAGUAAGGGGAAAUCAUGAAACUGAGAGCAAACCCCCUGAUGAGCCAUUUACAAAACUCCAGCACUCAGACUCCGUCUCAUCCUUUGACCUGGACCUAGAUCUGGGGCCAUCCAUUUUGGGAGAUGUGCUGGGAGUGAUGGAUGGACUGGGUUUGGGCAGUGAUUGGACAACAGGCAACGAAGGUGAAGAAGUGUUUAUCUCUAAUAAGAGCAGUGCAGAUGGUGUUAUGUCAUCACCCAAUGGUGCAACAAAUGACCUGAAUGAGAAUAGGAUAGGGAGAGGGGAGGAGAUUCUAAACGAUGUCAAUGGUGUCAAAUCUAAGGGGUUCCGGCCCAAGGUGCGAUUUAGCGAUAAAAAGGAGGAGAUCGUCGGUCUGCAGUAUGGAGGUGGUGAAUUAGAGCUGGAAUAUGGGAAGGAAACAAGUACAAGUCCAGUUAGAAGAAUGGAGGUCAGGGCUGAAGGAAUGGCUAAUAAAGGAGGAGUGCAACCAGAGCUGACGAAUCACCAACCUGACAUCAGUCCCAGCCCUUCCUCCUCAGUGAGCUCAGAAUAUGAAGGCAUCUCACCAUUGGACAGAAGGAGAGAAGAGGACCAUGUGUCCGAGACGGAUUCGGAGGAAGAGGAAGUUGCAGGAGAGCAAGGCUAUACGUUUGAGGAUGAGUCAGAUGAUGAGAUCGGCCUUUAGGAUUCUGAUGAUUGGUAUGUAAAGACGAGGCAGAGAAAAGUAUGCACAAAAUGGUUUUCUAAAUAGCAUGUGAAGAGAAGAAAGUACCAAAGUGAAAACAACACUACGGAACAGGAGGAACUGGACUUGUGUAGUUAAAGAAGGUUACAUAAAUAGAGGCUGACAUUUUUAUUAAAAAGGAAAAAAACCUUUCAAAGCACUAAGGUAAACAAUAGUUUGUCAUGAGAUGUUUAUCAGGGGUAGAACUGUAAUAUUAUAAGCAAAUGACAUUUAUUAGUAGUAACACUAUUAGUCCCACUAAAGCCUCAAAUGAUGGAAUACAUUUAAUAUAUAAUAGCAUAAGAUAGUCCUGAUAAACAGCUAUUAUAGGUUCAAUACCACUGUUAUACUUUUCUUGAACUGGGAUCUCUUAAGUUUUAAAUUAGAUUACUGGGGAAUGUUAAAUGGUAGCCAUGCGAUCUAUUUUUACUUGUUUAAAAAAAUCAUCUCAAUACAUGAGGUAAAGGUUGAGCCAAAUACCAGUAUUCCACAUCAUUUUAUGUCCUUUAGUGUAUUAGUCUUUUUUUAACGAAACACCAUAUUAUUUUUUUAAAUAUUAUAGGCCAAAAAAGAAUGAAAGAAGGUUUCAUGUACAUCAACAAAUUUAUUCUAAUUAUAUUUUUGUUAGCUCUGUUAAUAAAAUACAUAAGUGAAUUACAGGAACUACAGUAUGUAUAACAUUAUCAGUAAGUAUGUUGUUCCUAAGGUCAAAACAUGUUGAAUGAUUCUAUUUUAUUAUUUAUAGUGGCAUUAAAAAAAAAAAAGCCGUAGCUGGUUUUAACUGAGCUAUAUGUGUUAGUGGUGGAAAUUUUACUGGAGAAUUCUGGGUGUUCCUGUGGGAGUUACACACACAAUGGGUGGAAAAAACAGUGGGUGGACGCUGUGCUUAGAUCAUAGGUGCUCAGUUUACUACAACUGACACAGUUUGAGAGAGUACUUAUUGCUGAUGAUCUUCUACACUUUGGGGAGUUUGGUGUUAUCUGACACAACCUGGUAUCUGCUGUGUAAAAUUAAGGUACAUGACAAGAGUAUGUGGUAUCCUGAUAGGGAAUAUACUGAAAGAACAUUAAAAACACAACAGUUGGAAAAGCUUUUUUAAAAUUGCUGUUAACUUAACAUGACUUUAUGGUUAUCAUAAAUGUACAUUUUUCACUGCAAAUUGUAGCAUCAAGGACACUCUGUGGCAUCAUCAUCAUCACUUCUAGCUUUCAGUGCAUGUGAAUUUUGCAUAUUCACCCAAACACCUCUCUGUUUGGAUAAGUGGACAGGUUGUGAUGAUCAUUUAAGGUGAUAGCAAUAUAACAAUAUUGUUUGUGUGAAACAUUGCAAAGUAUGGUUUUACCAAUUCUCAGUGCAUGCCUAGUCAUGAGGAUGAAACAUUGUGCUUAUACCACUUUGAAUAACUAUGUAGCUACUUUAAUCUUACUGCAAUCAUAUAUAUCCAUUUUAAUAGCCAGUCAGUGGAGUUUACGUCUUAGAAACCACUUUCCUGUAAAAAAAAAAAAACCUGUGUCUUCCCAUGAAAAUAUAACUUCAAAACAUUAGAGCCAAAUCCGGAUAGCUGGAGAACUUCCUACUGGUUUAAACUGGAUUUAUUGGGAGGUAAUUAUAAACAAGUUGCAUUACUACUUAGUUUAACAAUGCUUGUUUUAAAUAGCAAACUGCAUGACUUUCUCUCUCUCUCUUUUUUUUUUUUUAAAGAAACAAUGUCUUAAACAUAUUUGAUGAAAUAACCUUCUAUUCACGUGUAAAUAACUUAAGAUUAAACGCCUGAUAGUUUGUUCUUUGGGUGUUUUUCUUUCAAAUCAUAUAAAUUAGGUUCUAGAAAUUUCUUAUCUAAGGCUCUGUUAUAAACUCUAUAAACUGUAUGUCUUCCACUAUUGCAUAGCUGAGCAAAAUCAGCUUGGAAAGCACUGAGCAUGUUUUGAGAAAUCCUGAUCCGGAUUUCAAAGUCACUUUGGUCAUUUAAAAACGCUUUCUCAUUUUAAUGUUGAGCUUUCGGACAGCAUUUAAGUACUGCAUUAUGAUACUUCAGCAGACUAGUAGGGCCUUCUGUUAAAAAGAUAAAGGCGGAUGGAAAGAGGAAUUCAGAAAAUCUAAUCACAUCAUGGCUUUGUUUGAAAAGAUCAGUUAAAAGGAGAAGGCUGCGUGACUUCCUCUGAAUAGAGUCGUGAAGCUGAAAUUUCAAAAAUGUAGAUAGAAUUGUAGCUUAGUUUCAUUGCUAGGUACUGCCAACAUUCCGGUCUAUAAAUACAGUAUUUUGGCCUCUAUUAUUUUAAAGAAAGGUACCACAUGACACUAUCAGGGUUUUUUUUUUUUUUUUUUUUUUAAAGGAUGCAUUGGAGGAAUGUAAUCGGCAUUUCAGAGGCAAAAUCUGAUGCAAAAUCUGAUGCAAUUAAUUCAAAUUAAGAUGUCUUAAAGAUAAACCAUAAACAAAUUGUAAUCGUAAAAUCAUAUUAACUAAGUCACACAACAUGAUGCUGAAUAAACCUCUGGCAGAUUUUUUUUAUCUAAAGUUUAAGUAAAUAACAUCCACUAUAUAUGUAUGUUCAACAUAAACCAACUCCAUUUAGUUUGUAAGUUUACUCAAUGACAAUCAAUUGUGUAAAUUAGUUCAGGUUAUGAUGUGGUAGAGCAAAGAGCACAACAUGUAUGGCAGUUAUAUCUAUUUGUCAGACCAGUUUUGCCUGUAAACUCUUGAAAUACCUGCAUGUAUGUGUACACCAUGGAACACUGCACUUCAUAUAUAUGAUACUAUUGGAUUGGUAUUGACAUUAUCUUUCUGAUUGAGAUCUGCAAUAAUAAAUAUAUUUACUUUCUA